AGAUGGCGCGGACAGGAUUUCCGGCGGCGGUGUGCCAUCGAGUUCUCUAACCUCGAGUCGUUCGUGCCCGCGAGCGGCUUGUCGUGACGUGACGUGAGUUGAAUCGAUGCGUGGCAAGCCCAACCGAGCAUCGGCAUGACGGACGCAGACGUGGUGGUGCUGGAAGAUCCCGUCCAGAAGGAGGAGGUGGCGGCGCACUUUCAAGCGCCGGCGAUCCAGCACAAUCCGGACGGCUGGGGCCCCUGCGAAUUACCGGAUCAGUUUAAGGACAUUCCUUACCAGCCAUUUUCGAAGGGCGACAGAUUGGGCAAGAUUUCCGACUGGACUACGCCGGCCUUCCAGGACAAAAAGUUCCCAAACAAAUAUACAUCGCAAUUUGGUUCGGGCAGUCAGUAUGCCUACUAUCACGACGAGGAUGAAACCACCUUCCACUUGGUGGACACCACCCGUGUGCAGAAGCCGCCGUACCAACGUGGCCGCUUCCGUCACAACCAGCGCAACAUGCGCGGUCGCGGUGGCCAGCGCGGUGGACUGAGCCAGAUGCAGCAGCUGGGAAAGCUCAAGUUGCGAGAGCGAGAGCGUAAGGGACAGACGAAGCGCUGGGGCAGGCAGCAAGGUCUGCGCAAUCAUAAGAAUCAGCCACCUAUCAAGAUCCGUGACGCAUCCGUGACGGUGCGACCCGACUGGAUAACCAUCGAGGAGAUGGACUUCCCCCGAUUGGCCAAGCUCUCGUUGCCCGGCGUGAAAGACGGCGAGGACAUACUGUGCUGCGGCUCGCUCGAGUAUUACGACAAGACGUACGAUCGCGUGAACGUGAAGAGCGAGAAGCCGCUGCAGAGAAUCGAUCGUAUCUUCCACACGGUCACGACCACCGACGAUCCGAUAGUCCGAAAGUUGUCGAAGACCGAGGGCAACGUAUACGCCACCGACGCGAUCUUGGCCACCAUCAUGUGCUGCACGCGCAGCAAUUAUUCGUGGGACAUCGUCAUCGAGAAGAUCGGCGACAAGCUGUUCUUCGAUAAACGCGACAACACCGAGUUCGAUUUGCUGACCGUGAACGAGACCAGCGUCGAGCCGCCGCAGGACGACAGCAACUCGCUGAACUCGCCGAGAAAUUUGGCCCUCGAGGCGACCUUCAUCAAUCACAAUUUCUCGCAGCAGGUACUCAAGUCGAACGAGUCGCGAUACAAGUUCGAGGAGGGCAAUCCGUUCAUCGCGGACGAGGAGGAGAACGACGUCGCCAGCGUGGCUUAUCGUUAUCGCAAGUGGGAUCUCAACAACGGCAUCGUACUCGUCGCCCGAUGCGAGCACGACGCCGUGAUGCAGGGCCCGAACAACGAGAACCAAUUCCUGACGAUCAAGGCGUUGAACGAGUGGGACUCGAAGCUGGCCAAUGGCGUCGAGUGGCGUCAGAAGCUGGACACGCAGCGUGGCGCGGUUUUAGCGAACGAAUUGCGCAAUAACGCCUGUAAACUCGCCAAAUGGACGGUUCAGGCGUUACUGGCCGGUUCGGAUCAGCUGAAAUUCGGAUACGUGUCACGCGCCAUAGUGCGAGACUCGAGCAAGCACGUGAUCCUCGGUACCCAGCAGUACAAACCGAACGAGUUUGCGACGCAAAUCAAUUUGAACAUGGACAACGCGUGGGGCAUCCUGAGGUGCAUCAUCGACAUUUGCAUGAAGCAGAAGGACGGCAAAUACUUGAUAAUGAAGGAUCCAAACAAGCCUAUGAUCCGACUGUACGAUAUUCCUGAUAAUACCUUCGAGAGCGAGGGCGAGGAGGACGAGGACGACGACGAGCCUGUUAAUGAUGCGUUUCAGAGUUAACAGACACGACGCUAAUUACGUCCAUCAUUAACCGAUUUUGGAAGAGAUAAUGUGCUAUUAUCAGUAUCAAGCUAUUCAAAAUGCUUUAUUUAAAUAUAUAUAUAAAGUGUAUACACGUAUAUUU